AUGAAAGCUUUGGGACUUUAUUUAUAUUUGGGGGAGAUUGAAAAUUUGAAACUGUUUGCUCGAAUAGUUAUUUUAGAGUGUUUACUACAUAAUUUGAUGUUGGGUAUUGGGUUAUUAGGAUUGAAAAAUGUAAUUCAUCAAUUUUCUGAAAAAAUUGAUUCUUGUAUUGAUAAUCGCCCUGUUUGUUCUUGUUAUGGCUAUAGGAUGAAGAUCUUAUCUUUUUCACCCUCGGAACCUCAUGAACAGCUGCAAGACGAUAAUCAUGUUGUAUAUCCAGAGGAGAAGAUGAUGUCUUAUCCUUUUAAGAAACUUCUGUCGAAUCUAUUCGAUUUGGUUGUGCUGGAAAUAAGGGCAUUGGCAUUUGUGCUUGUGCUGCAUCAACUGAAGCAUUGCAUUGAAACAUCUAUAUCCUACCAGAGACCAAAUAAAAGAUUCCUGGUUAAUGCUACUGAUGGACAACCUCUUGAAUCGGAGCCAAAAAAUGUUUUGAACUCCGUUAAAGAUUCCUUGGAUGCUUUCUAUAGGUUUUCACAGCCACAUACAGUCAUAGGCACGGCAUUGAGCAUAGUCUCAGUUUCCCUACUUGCAGUCGAGAAGCUUACAGACUUUUCACCAUUAUUUUUUGCUGGGAUGUUGGAGGCUGUUGCAGCUGCCCUCUUAAUGAACAUUUACAUUGUUGGUUUGAAUCAGUUGUAUGAUAUUGAUAUAGACAAGGUUAACAAGCCAUAUCUUCCGUUGGCGUCACGGGAAUAUUCAAUUCAAACUGGUGUCAUGAUUGUCGCAUCCUUUUCUGUUCUGAGUUUUGGCCUUGGAUGGAUUGUUGGGUCAUGGCCAUUAUUUUGGGCCCUAUUCAUCAGUUUUGCAUUGAGAACUGCUUAUUCAAUCAAUGUGCCCCUUUUGAGAUGGAAGAGAUUUGCUUUAGUUGCAGCAAUGUGCAUUCUCGCAGUUCGAGCAGUGAUUGUUCAAAUAGCUUUUUUUCUUCACAUGCAGACCCAUGUCUUUAAAAGGCCAGCUGCCUUCUCAAGGCCUCUCAUAUUUGCAAUUUCAUUUAUGAGCUUCUUCUCAGUUGUUAUAGCAUUAUUUAAGGUAUCAACUUUUGUUUUUUUCCAUGGAACUAUGUUGUAUGCUUUCCCUUUCUGCUUGAUUAGUACUGUAUUGGGACACACAAUUUUGGCUUCAAUACUCUGGACUAAUGCCAAGUCGGUUGAUUUGAGCAGCAAAGCUGCAAUAACAUCGUUUUACAUGUUCAUAUGGAAGGUAAAUAACUAUGGUGCCAAAUUUAAUUUGUUUGGCGCUCAGUUUAGUUUAACAAAAUUGCAAAAAUAA